AUGGCCGAUACAGUUGAGUUACCAGAUAUUGCGAUCUGCCAAAUCCUCCAUUCGCUUUCUACUAAGUUUGCAGUCCGGGCCAGCAUUCUUUCAAAGCAAUGGGAACGUGUCUGGCCCUUGGUCCCAGUAUUAGAUUUUGACGAGGACGAGAAUGCACCAAAUGGUCACAAUGCCAGCCCUCGUCAACACAGAAAGUUCCUGGAGUUUGUGACAAUGUGUUUGAAGCGUCGUGAAGAAGAUAAGUUGUUACAUAAAUUCUGGCUUCGCAUGGCGUACUGUUAUUACUGUAGAGACUGUGCAGAGCUCAUGGAUAAGUGUUUGAGUUUUGCUCUUGACAGAAAUGUUAUAGAGUUGCAUAUUGCUAAGUCAGACUACUUCUUACCUCAUAAAGUUCUGAAUGCUGAAUGUUUAACUGUUUUAAGUAUGGAUUCUAUUCAAUUUAGAGGUGAUGAAACUGUAACUCUUCCUUCUCUGAAAUCUUUGUCUCUAAUCUGUAUAAGUUUUGGUGAUUUGGGAUUCCAUCACCUUGUGGCAGGGUGUCCUUCCCUUGAGAAUUUGUCAGUAGUUAAGUGCACAGGCUUUGAGAAAAGAGUUAUAGUUAAAAGUUCCACCCUUAAAUCCUUGGAAGUUUUCAACUCAGGUGUUGAACUUCAAGUUGAAGCUUUGAAUCUAGAAACGUUUAGAUUUGGCCAAAAUGGUCAUGCUUCCAACUAUCGGAGGUUGUUAUGCAACAUUCAAUUCUCUUCUUGUGGAGCACUUAGAAAUCUAGCGUUUUUUCAGGCAUGGUUUGUAGGUGCAUGGUUUGACAACUUGAGUUCAAAAUUUCCAGUUCUUGAAAGUUUGAUCUUAUAUAAAUGUGGCAUCGACAGGGGAGAUCUCAAAGUGUUUAGUAAGAACCUGAAACAUUUUGUAUUGUGA